AAUGUCCUUUUGUUUUGGUUCAUAGACAAUAGCUGUCCUGAUUGUUUUUUUGCAUUGGUAAACAGGAUUUAUCAGCAACAUUUCAUUCAUGGAAAGACUAUUAGAGGCUUUAAGCAUGACAGCCGGCUCUCUACUAAACUAAUAAAAAUAAUAAGAGAUUUGUGUGAAAUAAUUGACAGUGGUAGAAAAUAGUCAAAAUAACCAAAUGUGAUGGCCUGAUGUGUUAAUACUUUUCUAGCAUCAGAUGGUAAUAUAUUAAAGUAUUAAUAAAUUACUUCAAAUCAAAAUCAUAUUUGAAUGUGUUUAAAUUUGACUGAAUUUACUGUGAACGUAUGUUUUUAAAACAUGUUGUGGUUCCCCUCUCAGUCUCUCAGAUGCAUUUGAUUAUUAAAUGCUUUACUUACCUUUUUUAGUUCAUCACUUAUUCUCUCGCUGUUACCUGUCUGCUCGGUAAAACUACUGCUUUGUCUUACAAUAUUACUAUAAUUUGAAAAGUUCCCCUGCAGAGUUGAGCUGACACAAGCCUGCUGGAAUACACCAUGAUGAUCAUUAGAAACUGUCAGUGUUCAGGGAGUGGGAGUGGAGAUGUAUUUCAGAUAGUGUCAAUGGUAGAUGAAAGAUCCUCUGAAGAUGCUAGGGGUGUUAUGCUUGAGUUACCUCCAUUCAACAAGUUCAUUUUCCAGCAGCUACCUUUUCCAGGCAUCUCUUCCUGCUUAGCUUACCUUGGCUAAGCUGCUUUGCAUGUUGAUUGGGGGAGGGUUAAUCCAGUUUGCAGCUGUCGUAGGCCAAUGAUGAAUCACCUUCCCGGCAUUUGGCUGCUUUCCUCUGACAUUGGGAGGAGGGAAGACCUGAAGGAGGAAACAACAGUAGAAGGGUUUAACCUAGAGACAAUGUGCCUCUCUGUUGCUGGGUCUCCUCUUUUCCCAUUCUGCUAAAGUAUAAUAAUAAUGUUUUCUCAGACAAUAUCUAUUGUGUCAUGGAUGGGCCUGGACAGUAACACCGUGUUAAAAUAACAAGGAGUUUUAUUGUUUCUGUUUGGCAGGUGAAAAAAAAUCAAACUGAUUCAGAUGUUUCUGAUCCAUCAAGUUUCAGGUCUAUGGAAAUGCAGGAUCUAGCCAGCCCACACAGCCGAGUAAGUGGAAGCAGUGAAUCCCCUAAUGGUCCCACACUUGACAACUCACAUAUCAAUACUAAUUCCAUGACACCAAAUGGCACAGAAGGUGAUACCAUCACUAUGCUCACCACUGCAGACUGGUUGUUAAGUUCUAGUACACAGACCACUGCAGUUAAAACAGAGCCAAUGAGCAACAGUGACAUUGCCACAUCGACAGCAGACGGGUCUUUAGACAAUUUCUCAGGAUCAGCUAUUGGAAGCAGUGGCUUCAGCCCAAGACAAACUCACCAAUUCUCUCCACAGAUUUACCCUUCCAACAGACCAUAUCCACAUAUUCUGCCUACCCCUUCAUCACAAACUAUGGCUGCGUAUGGGCAGACGCAGUACACCACAGGAAUGCAGCAAGCAGCCGCUUAUGCUACCUAUUCACAGCCUGGCCAGCCUUAUGGAAUUCCUGCCUAUGGUACAUUAUGGGCAGGCAUCAAGACAGAAGGCGGACUGACCCAAGCACAGUCUCCAGGACAGACUGGAUUUCUGAGCUAUGGUUCAAGCUUUACAACCCCUCAGACAGGGCAGGCUCCUUAUAGCUACCAGAUGCAAGGUGGCAGUUUUACAACAACAUCAGGACUUUAUGCAGGAAGCAAUUCCCUCACAAAUUCUGCAGGAUUUAAUAGUUCACAACAGGAUUAUCCUUCUUACCCAGCUUUUGGCCAAGGUCAGUAUGCACAAUAUUACAACAGCUCACCCUACACUUCCCCUUAUAUGACAAGCAACAACACCAGCCCGACAACACCCUCUACCACGGCAACAUAUCAGCUUCAAGAACCCCCAUCUGGCAUCGCCAGUCAAGCUGUUACAGAUCCUACUACAGGGGAGUACAGUACAAUACACAGUCCAUCAACUCCCAUUAAAGAUUCAGAUUCAGAUCGAUUGCGUCGAGUUUCAGAUGGAAAAUCACGUGGCCGAGGCAGGAGAAACAAUAACCCGUCACCACCCCCAGACUCUGACCUUGAGCGCGUUUUCAUUUGGGAUUUGGAUGAAACAAUCAUCGUUUUCCAUUCCUUGCUCACUGGCUCUUACGCUAACAGAUACGGCAGGGACCCUCCUUCGUCUGUGUCACUAGGACUUCGGAUGGAAGAAAUGAUCUUCAACUUAGCAGAUACACAUCUUUUCUUCAAUGACUUGGAAGAAUGUGAUCAGGUCCAUAUUGAUGACGUGUCUUCAGAUGACAAUGGGCAGGACUUAAGCACAUACAACUUUGGCACAGAUGGUUUCCAUGCAGCGGCAACCAGUGCAAAUCUCUGCCUAGCAACUGGUGUACGAGGAGGAGUGGACUGGAUGAGAAAACUUGCCUUCCGGUAUAGACGAGUAAAAGAAAUAUAUUCCUCCUACAAAAACAAUGUUGGCGGUCUGCUGGGUCCAGCUAAAAGGGAAGCCUGGUUACAAUUGCGAGCAGAGAUAGAGGCCUUGACAGAUUCCUGGUUAACACUGGCACUUAAAACACUCUCAUUAAUUCACUCAAGGUCGAACUGUGUGAAUAUUCUAGUCACGACAACCCAGCUCAUACCUGCCCUGGCAAAAGUCUUGCUCUACGGACUGGGCAUAGUAUUUCCAAUAGAAAAUAUUUAUAGUGCAACAAAAAUAGGGAAAGAAAGUUGUUUCGAAAGAAUAAUCCAAAGGUUUGGGAGAAAAGUAGUAUACGUUGCCGUGGGAGAUGGAGUAGAAGAGGAGCAAGCAAGCAAAAAGCACAAUAUGCCCUUCUGGAGAGUCUCCAGCCAUUCUGACCUUAUGGCCCUUCAUCACGCCCUGGAAUUGGAUUACUUGUAGCACCACAGCAGCCACCUGAGCCUCAUGCCAAUCUAACCCACAGACUACACUGCAGAAAGUGUUGACAUAUUUGUCUUAACUUUUUACCUUUCUCUGAAUUGAGGAGAAUGAAUUGAUGGGAGGGCAGGGGCUGAUCCCAGUCCUAUGAAUUUGCUGAUUUUAAAAAGCCAUCAAAAUGUUUUAACAACCCUCGCUCUACUUUGUCGCUACAAGGGUUCACACCUGUGAAGAAAUCAGAGCUAACUUUUGACACUGAGCCUUCGAUCUCACAAAGUCUUUGCCAUGGUAAUUUCUCUAGUUUGAGUAAAUCAUACUGAAGACUUAAUUGAACAAAGACAGUGGAAUACAUUUGCAUGUGGGGAAGGUUUCUGAUGAACACUCACGUCCAGGCUACUCUGUAAUUUCAUAUUUAUGAACUGAUGGUUUUGUGUCACAAUCGCCUAUGAAGGUACUCUAAUAUGGACUUAAGCCUUUUGACAGCACAAAGCACAUUUAAUUCCAUCGCAUCACUAAGUAGUUUAUAAAAAUGAUUUGUAGUAAUUUAAGAAAAAAAAAAAAGAUUUACAUUGCUGAGACAAUCGUGUACAGAAAAUGACAUUUGUUUGUGUAAAUUUGUAAUCACUGGACUAUACCUUCACAUAUUGUUUAGGAACGUGCUAUUGGAAGGUAGCAAUGCCUUGUUGUUGAAGUAUAAAAGGCAUUGUUUGCACAUCAGGUUGUGCUGUGCCUUAAAGUGUUGAUGUGUGAAAGUGCAACUUUUUUUUUGUUCAUUAUAAAUAUGUAGAUAAUGGAAUUUUGUGAUAACUUGUUUUGUCAAGACCAAAAGCAUGGAUGUCAAGUGUCAACAAUAAUUUUAUUUUAUUCUUUCUUUCUUUCUCGGUGUUUCUCUUUCAGCAAGCUCAGUGCUGGUCAUGAAUCUUCACUAGAAAAAAAGAUGUUCUUUUUAACCUUGUGUUAGGAGUAAAUGGCUUCCAUUUACUCUGUUCUUCUUUCCAAUACUGUAUCUCUAUGCUACUCCUCUAUAUUAAAACUCUACUUGAAAAUGUAGGUUUAAGCCCCAACCUCCUCAUACAAAAAAAAUGUGUAGGAUAUAGUGUAUAUGUAUGUGUGUGUGUGUGUGUGUGUAUAUAUAUAUAUAUAUAUAUAUAUAUAUAUACAGUGCUCACCCUUUAUAACGCUGUAGUGGGGAGCCAUGGUUACAAGACCGUGCUAUUUGUAUUCCGCCUUAUAACGAGUAUGAAAGGGCUACUGUAAUUAUUGUAAUGGCAUUAAGGAGCAAAUGGGAACCACAACCCUACCGUGUUAUAACCGAUUCCGCACUAUAACGAGGCGCAUUAUAAUGGGUGAGCACUGUUAAUAUAUAUAUAUAUAUAUAUAUAUAUAUAUAU